ACACGGUUUGAAACAGAUUGUGUCGGUUCGGUUCGGUUCGGUUCGGAUCGGUGCGGUUCCAUUGUAUCUGUAAUGGCGACAACUGAAGUCUUACGUGGGCCCCAUUCGCUUCGGUCAAAUUCAUGACUUGGGGAGCAAACCAACUGAAGUCUUUGUGGGUCCCCUCGUGAUUGGUGCGUUCGAAGAGGAAGACGGACGUGCGAUCGCAAGUCGGGCCGACCUUUACCGCGUGGCACACAACGCGGCUUCACCGUUUCUCAGAAACGGUGUGCGGGACCCAUUCGACGAGUCACGUGAGAGACCACGUCACCUUGUUCGGGGUCGAUGCAACGACCUGUGACCGACUUCGCCCUGCAAACCUGCGUCGUCCCAUCCCGAUCGAUCGAUUGAUCGAGUGAGAGAGAGAGAGUGAGAGAGAGAGAGGGGGGGGGGGGGGCGAGGCGAUGGGGUUGAGAUUGUGGGUGGUGGCGCUUACCUUGGCGUCUUGGUGGUGCAUCCCUGCGGAGGGCGGCGGCGGAGGACGUGACGAAGAAGAAAGGGAACGGGGUCGGUCGCUGCUCGGCUUCACGGAAGCCAAGGGGAACGCUUCCUAUCAGUGCUCUCCCUCCGGGGCUUGCCUCCCUUGCCAGCACUCGGAAAAGAAUGAUGAGAAGUUUCUCUGCAGUGAAACUGGCUAUCAUGUGCCUUUGAAGUGUACAGAAAUCAAACACAGUGACAAGGAAGAAAAUAAGAAUAAAGUGAAGAGAAGGCUGUCCUCUCUUCCAAAGCAUCCAACCAUUGUGCAAAAACAUUUGUUUGAUGCAAUCAACAACUAUAAAGUGAGAAAACUUUUGGAUGAUUCGGUAAAACAGGAAGUUGGGAAUCAGAGCUACAUUACUUACAGGAGCUGUGUACCUGUCAUCGGUGAAGAGAAAUUAUCUGUUUUUGGUUUUGAGGUGAUUAUGGGGGGGUUGUUACUUAUAAGUGGGCCGGUCGUGUAUCUGCGGCAAAAGCGUAUAUCUAUUCAGGGGGUUGGAUUCAUGAAGAUCCCAGCAACUGUUCCUAAGCUCUAAUGUUGUGGAGCAGAUAAAGGAUAAUACAACACAAUGUUUCCUGCAGAUAGACACACUAUUGCAUCUGCUAAGAGUUUCCUGUGCCAUGUGUUUCUAGCAUAUCAUUAAAAAAAAUAUAUCACUUGUAUUCAUUGAA